AUGAAGAGAAAAACACAAAGUCUUAGAAUCUGUGAUGUGUUUAAGAGACCUGCCCUACAGAGACCUGCCCUACAGAGGCCUGUACUACAGAGACCUGUACUACAGAGACCUGCCCUACAGAGGCCUGCACUACAGAGACCUGUACUACAGAGACCUGCCCUACAGAGGGCUGCACUACAGAGACCUGCCUACAGAGACCUGCCCUACAGAGACCUGUACUACAGAGGCCUGCACUACAGAGACCUGCACUACAGAGGCCUGCACUACAGAGACCUGUACUACAGAGACCUGUACUACAGAGACCUGUACUACAGAGACCUGCCCUACAGAGGCCUGCACUACAGAAACCUGUACUACAGAGACCUGUACUACAGAGGCCUGCACUACAGAGACCUGCCCUACAGAGGGCUGCACUACAGAGACCUGCCCUACAGAGACCUGCACUACAGAGACCUGCCCUACAGAGACCUGCCCUACAGAGACCUGCACUACAGAGACCUGCACUACAGAGACCUGCCCUACAGAGGCCUGUACUACAGAGACCUGCCCUACAGAGACCUGCCCUACAGAGACCUGCACUACAGAGACCUGCACUACAGAGAUCUGCCCUACAGAGGCCUGCCCUACAGAGGCCUGCCCUACAGAGACCUGCCCUACAGAGACCUGCACUACAGAGACCUGCACUACAGAGGCCUGCCCUACAGAGGCCUGCCCUACAGAGAUCUGCCCUACAGAGACCUGCACUACAGAGGCCUGCCCUACAGAGGCCUGCCCUACAGAGAUCUGCCCUACAGAGGCCUGCACUACAGAGACCUGCCCUACAGAGAUCUGCCCUACAGAGACCUGCACUACAGAGACCUGCACUACAGAGACCUGCCCUACAGAGGCAUGCCCUACAGAGGCCUGCACUACAGAGACCUGCACUACAGAGGCCUGCACUACAGAGACCUGCACUACAGAGACCUGCACUACAGAGACCUGCACUACAGAGGCCUGCCCUACAGAGGCCUGCCCUACAGAGGCCUGUACUGCAAUCUGAACUCAACUGAUCCUUCUCCAAAAGGGAGGUCCAUCUCAACCCGAAGACUAACCAGGAGGUCCCCCUUUUGGCUUUGUUAGCCAACAUUAAAUUAAGGAGCUGGAUCCCAAACUGUAGGCCUUGCUGCAAGCCUCGCAUGAUGUGGCUCCAAAAGAAGGACCAGGUUCUAGUGAAAACUAUAGGAGACUUACUCCACCACACUGCUGCUGGUCAUGUCUAGGUAGCGGUUGCUGAUCCACUGGACCUGGAACCAGUCCCGGUACCCAGCAUUCCCACAGCACUGAAACUGGAUCUGAAGCAUGUCCACGGUCUUCUUCAAGUAGCAGCGGCCCGGCGUGUCCGUGUCCUUGUAAAAUCGCAUGGCGUUCUGCAGGCCCAGCAACAGCGAGUCCUCCAGAUGGCUGCGUAUGCCGUAGCACAUGAGCGCCCCGCCCAGGACGCAGGUGGUGAAACAGAAUGUGCAGACCACGUAGGGCAUCAGGACCAGCUUCCAGCGCAGGAACCUGUUGCUGUCGGCGCAGUCCAGGCAAAUCUUUCCCCCCAGGAAGUUGAUGCAGCAAGCCGCCAGUCCGGUGCUGAUCAGCAUGUUCGGCACAUAGAGGAUCCCCGGCCCCGACAUCACUUCCUGCCACUUCUGAAUCUCCACUUUUAAGAACAGGCCGAGUCCGAAAAGGAUGGCCCCCAUCAGGACGGAGACCCAAUUGAGCAGCCAGAGGACCUCAGCCAGCUUCUCCCGCUCUGCCUUGGUGAAGGUCCGCUUCCCGACUGCCAUGUGAGAUCCACUUCCUGUGUGGAUCACGUCCUGGCCGCCGAAAACAUUGCUGACAAUAGAGUGCUUUAAGGCGCAGUUCCACCCUAGACAGGGGGUGCCUUCACAAUGCCUCUCUCUGGAGGUGAACAGGUCUUCCCCGCUCCAUGAUGAGGUUUCUUUGUGUCCUUCAAUCAGGUUUCACAUCCUGUUGCCCAUUUUUGGAAGUUCCUCGAUUGACUCAGGAGGAACAGGCCUCCCAUCCAGUCCACAUGAGUCUGAGAGGGCCCAGGGUCCAGGGUUCAGGGUCCGGGGUUCAUAGUUCUGAUAGUUUAUUACCUGUGUACAGGAAAUAAAGACAGACUUUACCUGGGGACAGGAAAUGGACACGUCCACUGCAGUGUCUCUCGGCACAGGUUUUGCUGCAGAGUUUGAAGCGUCUGCUAGCUUGCGCUGCUAAUCUGCUUACAGCUAAUCAGCCUUGUAAUACCCCCCCCUUCCUCCCCCCCAGCAGCACCAUCACAUGUAACAGAAAACAUGCUGUGAUGACGUCAGAAUCGGUGGUCUGUACCAACCCCUCUGUCAAUCACGGCUUGACGUCAUGUAUCCAGAGCGUUUCCUGUGUACGAGGGCGGGGCUUCCGUGUUCGUCAGGGAGACAGGCGAGUCAUUUCCGGGAGAGGGAUUUCAUCCUUCAAAGUAAAAGCAUGUACAUUGUGUUAUGAAGUAUAAACAAUAUUGAAAGAUUAUGAUAACUGUACUCUCACUGUCAAAUUCUAUAAAACAAUAAAACAGGUUAUUCUUUAUUGUUGAGAAAAUGUUCUUUUUCUACAUUUUUUUUACAUGUUUAGUUUUUUAUUCAUUUAUUUUAAUAAAUGUCCUUCCAUUAUUUUUUUUCCACCUAAAUUGAUUUUCUAAUAAAUGAGUUCUUUAUUUAUCUUUA